AUGCCAUCAGAUUCGACGAUUCUCCACGAGAUCGGCUUCAGUCAGGUAAGCCAAGGAGCAUUCCUUCACUCGCCAUCUGAGCAAGUUUCUCUGCCCGAAAAAGCCAACCCAACACAUCCUACCCCAGAUGUGAUUAUUAUCUGCGUUUGGGGCUUCGCCCAUGCAAAGCACAUUGCAAAAUACAUCGCCGGGCACCAGUCUCUCUACCCAAAUGCCAAGAUCCUCCUCAUCUACAAUUCCGUCGCAAACAUGAUGUGGAAGUCAGAUUCUUCCCAGAUGCAAUGGUUCCAGCCUGCUGCAGCCGUGCUUCGGGGGUGUAUAGACUCAACGCCCGACCUAAAGGUUCUUGUUCAUUUAUUUUCCAAUACGGGUUCGCAUUCUGCGGUACAACUUGCCGAGGCCUGUGAAAAAAGUGACCCUCCAUUUGAAAUGCCGGUUACGUCGAUUAUCUUCGAUUCCUGCCCCAGCAUGCCCAUCUUUGGACCGAUGGCUAACGCGCUCGCGUUGGGCUCGCCUUCUAAGAAUAUAGUUAUCACCACUAUGGUGAGAGCUGUGGCAUACGGUAUCAUUGGGUUAUCACUCGCUCUCGAGAAAGCUGGGCUUACGACUCAUGUGGCCACGAAGCUCUACGCUCAACUGAACUCUAUAUCCGGUGGUUUUCUCACGCGGAGGAUUUCCGCUGGAGAACAAGUUGCUUUAUGCCCAGUUUCGAGGACUUAUAUAUACGGUCCAGAUGAUGAUAUGAUACCCGUGGACCAAGUGAUUCAGCAUGCAAAUAUUGCAAUUGCGAACAUGUCGGCGUGUGGGGUCGCCGAUGCGUCAAACUAUGUGAAGAUGGAGAAGUUUGUUGGAAGCCCACACGUCAAUCAUGUCAGGUUUGAGAAGGAACGUUAUUGGAGAAUUAUCGAAGAGACAUGGCAAAGAAGUGUCACCUACACUACAUAG